AUGAUAUCCUUCAUAGAAAAAGGAUUUCUUUCCGCGCUUUUGGUGUGCUUGAUGCAAAACGGCGUCAUCGAAGGCGUUCAGAGGGGUAAGAUUGACAUGCAGGUGAGAAAUGGUGACCUAACUUGCCAGUACGUGUCAUUCAGCAGCAAAUUCUCAGGAAAUGGAACUCCCGUCAGAGUAUUUGCUUCAAUUAAUCAUGGAAAUAAAUCAUCAGGGGUCCAUGAUUUAGCUUUCAUUUGGAUCGAAGAUGUUACAACGAGCCGUUUCAAGACCUGUCUCGUACAAAGUGGCAAAAACUUAGAAAGUAACAGCACUAUGAUUGAUUGGUUUGCAUUCCAAGGAUCACAAACGGGAGUAUCUCAUGGCCAAGCUAUUUUUAGUUUUUUCACAACUGGAUCACAAUGCAAUCGGGUUAAAUUCACUCAGCCGUUUACAAUGAUACCCAAAAUUCACGUGACAGUACAGCAUGGUACCCUAAACCAAGCUCAGGACGCCAUGAAUAUUUGGAUUGCAAACGUCUCCACGAAUCAUUUUGAAGUUUGUCUACAGGAAUCGACGACAUUCGACGGCCUUCACGAUAAACUCUCAGUGAACUGGAUGGCCUACGAACAUUGCCCACUAUCCUGGGAGGCAAAGGAGUCCUCAGCCGUAAGUUUUUCCGAAAACGAGGUACCAUCUACAAGAGACAGUUACGCCUUGUGUAAGAAUGUCACUUUUUCGAUUCCAUUUUACUCUGCACCUUUGUUACUUACAACUGUCAUCAAUGGUGACGGUAACAAUGCAAACAACGCUUGCUCAGUGAAAGGGCCUAUAAUCACUUGGCUGGAGGAAGUGACUACCUCUUACUUUCGAGUGUGUAUAAAGGAUAGUGCCGGAUAUGAUGGUCAGAGAAGCAAAGUACUUGUUGAUUAUUUGCUUUUCGGAGAUCUCGAUCCUUGUUCGAAUGCAAGUUGCAAGUAUCACAGCCAUUGUGUAUCCUUGUCUCCGAACCAAUUUACUUGUGCUUGCGAAGGCAGUUGUCCAUCGUAUGAGGAACAGGUCUGCGCAUCUAACGGUCGCACAUUUACCAACUUGUGCCUUCUCAAGCAAGAAAUUUGUAGAACACGUGGGAAUUACACUAAGUAUCAUCCUGGAAGCUGUAUAGGUUUCCCUCUUCAGAAAGGAAGACAUCAAUUCGGGAACGUUCCUUCUUGGGCAGAAGACCAGUGUGAGGUCAUCCAGUUUAAACCUUUCAUAUUUUACCCUGACCAGAAAAUAUACGUUCAACUUACUGUCAAUCAUGUGAACUAUAGUGACUCCACUGUGGUACAUGAAGCCACAACACCCUGGGUUGAGAGUGUCAACAGCACUCAGUUCACAGCUUGUGUCACUCGAGCUGGGAGGAAUGAUUACCCCUCGGAUAGCUUUGCCACAGUUGAUUGGGUCGCUUAUCAGGGUGCUCCGUCUGGGGGAGUGGCAGGCGAGAAAUGGUUCUCGAGAUGGUGGACUGGAACUAGCUGUCAAAAGGUCACCUUUGCCAAGGGAAAAUUUUCUCAGCCACCGACGAUUUUUGCAACAGCCGAGCACCACAGAUUCCGCCUUAAGCACGAUGCCACCAGUUUGUGGAUGGAAGAUGUCUCCGUAAAUUCCUUCAAGAUUUGUCUUCGUGAGCUGCAGAAUUUUGCAGGGGUACAUGACGACAUAUCGGUGAACUGGCUUGCGUUCGAGUCCCUUCACAGACCAUUGUUUUCAGAACACAGUGAUGUAAACUUUCAGAAUAACCUUUCGCCAUCAGAGAUUUAUAAUUUUGCCUUCUGUAAGGACGUGAGUUUCAAGCGAAGCUACGAAAAAUCACCAACGGUGUUGGUAACAGCCAAACAUUCUAUCAAAGGAGGAAAGGUAGCCGCAGAGUGCAAUGGAAUUGUGAGCUGGAUUGAGUUUAUCACCCCCUCUAGAUUCCGCAUUUGCGUGAAGGAACUGUUCAUCCAGCAUUACGAUCCGUUGUUGGUAUCCUAUGCAGUGCUAUCAGAUGUUUGUGAGGAGAAAUGGAAGUAUUUCAAUGGAUAUUGUUACAGGAAAGUAUCUUCUUGUGAUUCGUGGACCAACAGCCAGGGUACAUGCGCAGCCCUGGGGGCUAAUCUUCCCAGUAUCCACAGUCAAGAAGAGAAUGUUUAUGUUCAAAGUCUACAUGGCGGGGAGCAUUCUUGGCUGGGGCUCUCUGAUAUAAAUACUGAAGGGAAAUUUGUGUGGAGCGAUGGAACAUCGUAUGACUUCCAUUACUGGGCGGAACACCAGCCAAACAACUUUCACGAUGAGGACUGUAUUCAUACGCUUGGUUUCCUUCAAGAUCAUCGAUACGAAUGGAACGAUGUUAACUGCAGUGACUGUCACAGAUUCACUUGUAAGAAAGACUUCAACGAAUGUAACGAUUUCUUCAACGAUUGUCCGGUGAAUACCUCUUGUGUGAAUAGUGAUGGUUCAUACGCAUGUCGAUGUCCUAUUGGUUUUCGUCUAGAGGGGAAAAAUUGCUCAGAUGUAGACGAAUGCAGUUCAGGGUCAUUUUCCUGCCAUGCAAAAGCUAAGUGUGUCAAUACUCCUGGUUCCUACUCUUGCAUAUGUUCAGCAGGAUACAAAGGAGAUGGAAAGAUAAAUUGUAACAUACCAACUAACUGUGCAGGGCUGUACAAAUCUGGUAAAAUAACCAGCGGUGUUUAUACAAUCGACCCUGAUGGCUCUGGUGCCUUUGAUGUAUACUGUGACCAAACAACAGCCGGUGGGGGUUGGGUAGUGUUUCAAAAAAGACAGGAUGGCUCGGUAAAUUUCUACCGCGGCUGGAUCGACUACAAGAAUGGCUUUGGUAAUCUGAAUGGUGAGUUUUGGCUGGGACUGGAUAAGAUUCACCGCCUUACAAAAACAAAGAAUAAGCUACGGGUAGAUCUGAUGGACACCACAGGCAGCACUGCUUACGCGGAGUACAACAUGUUUUCAGUUAGCAGUGAGAGGACUAAGUACAAGCUUAGCCUUGGGACCUACUCAGGAACUGCCGGCGAUUCUCUUUCUUAUCAUCGUGGCUAUCCCUUUUCAACCAAAGAUCAGGAUAAUGACGUAGAUAGUAUUAACUGUGCUGUGACUUUCAAAGGAGCGUGGUGGUACAAGAACUGUCAUUUCUCUAACCUGAAUGGACUGUAUCAUCAUGGGAAGCACUCAUCUUCUGGCGAUGGAGUCCAUUGGUAUCACUGGAAGGGAUAUAACUACUCCGUCAAGAGAGCUGAAAUGAAAAUUAGACCAGCCUGA